AAAAAAACAAACACACAAGUCCCAGAUGAUGAGCAGCCAGCUAGACUGCUACAUAUUUGGCCACUUAAACUCGAAUGCUGACUAAAUUGUAACUCAUUUUAAAGCAUAAAGAGAAUAUAUCACUACUUGAAAUAACUGAGACCAGUUUAAGAUGAGCCAGCGAUACAAAGUGAUACAGCGAGCUGACAGUAUCAACAGAGUCAAAACAAGUUGUGAAAACUCAACAGACUAUGCAGGGUUUCUACUAGAACAAGAGCGCAAAUGUGGGCCAGAUGGAUUUCUGGAUUCUAAAAGAUACAGGAACCCAUAUCUUGUAAGAGAACGUUUGGUCAAGAAGCUUCAAACUAACAGGGGUGCAUCCUUAUCAAGACCUCAACAGAAAGUAGAUCUAUCAUCUCAAAAAGAGUACGACCUGAAGGCACAUGAACAUGGAAUUCAAUGUAUAGAAAAGCUGGUUUGCAGAGCUGCAGAAAUUGAACACAAAUUGUCCAGUGAGGUGCAUAGAUCUGAAUAUGAAUGGAAGAAGCAAAAGAACCAAGUGGACGAUCUUCAAGCACAACUCUGCAGAUUGAGAAAGCAAAACUCAAAUCAAAUACAUAGGGGCAUGGCUGAAGCCCUUAGAAAAGAAGAAGAACUACUUUGGCUGCUGAGUAAAGAGGAAUCAGAAUUAUAUAAGCACCAGAGCAAGAAAGAAAACAGCUAUGGGAAAUUAAUUAAUCACAGAGCCCUGCAAAACGAGGACAAGCACAUUCUGGCUGAAAUGCAAAAGGAGCACAGAAGAUUACUUAAAAUCAAUGAGAAGACUAAGACAAGGUUCAAAAUAAAGGAUCAUUUCAGAACUCAGAAAGUGCUGUACAAGGUUGGUUAGAAAGACCAGAUAUUUCACCAAUAUUGGACUUAAACCACACAUACAACCCCCCCCCC